AAAAAAAAAGCAACAAUUCACCACCAUUUGUUAAGCAAUAAAAUGGGCCUCAAAAUCUUGUGUGUUCCAAAUUUUGCCGGAUCGUCAUUUCUGGAGAAUGGAAACCCAAAUUCAAGUCCAAAACCCAAUUAACAUUGAUCGGAUCAUCGUAUAUUAGUUAUAAGAAAAAAAAAAACAAUUUUUUGAUCUAAAAAACUGAAAGGAAAUUGUUGCAGAAAACAAUGGCACUGAAAAUAAAUGCAAAUUAUCUUCUUCCACCUUCAACUGUACAACUUCGUUUCAACAAACCCGCUAAAUUUCGCAAUUUUUGUGUAAGAAAUUGCAGCAGUAGUGGCACCAUUAAUGCUGAUAAUUCUCGUAAGCUUGUUUUGGAAGUGAAGGAAAGGCUCAAAACUCAAUAUCACGAGCUCCCUGUAGGCAAGAAUGGGCGUGAUGAUGAAAGCAUGAUCCUUUGGUUUCUCAAGGACCGCAAGUUCAUUGUUGACGAAGCUGUGGAAAGGCUGAGUAAAGCUAUUAAAUGGCGUCAAGAGUUUGGAGUGGAUGAUCUGUCUGAAGACUCUAUGAAAAGGGCUGCUCAAACAGGCAAGAGCUCUGUGCAUGACUUCCUCGAUGUGAAUGGGAGGCCCGUGCUUAUUGUGCAGGCUUCAAAACAUUACCCAGGAAUGCAGGAUGAGGAUGAGAAGUUAUGCGUGUUUCAGAUUGAGAAAGCUCUGAGCAAGCUCCCAGAAGGCCAAGAACAGAUACUUGGGAUAAUCGACCUCAGGGGCUUUGGUACUGCAAAUGCAGAUAUGAAUUUCUUGACAUUUUUGUUUGAUGUCUUCUACUAUUACUAUCCUAAGAGAUUGGGCCAGGUGCUCAUGGUGGAAGCGCCUUUUGUUUUUAAACCUCUUUGGCAGCUGGCAAAGCCCCUCCUGAAACAGCAUGCAUCUCUGGUGAGAUUUUGUUCAGUAGAGACUGUCCGAGAAGAAUAUUUUACACCUGAAACCGUUCCUGCUAUCUUUAGAGAUGAGAAAUCUACUCAGAAUUGUCCACAAACAUAGUAGCCGUUCCAAAGUAGUCAGAAUUUUCGGUUGGAAAUGCUGUAGGCCUUUGCGGACAAUAUGGGUGGUUUCACAGCUUUUCAACGGCGUCUGGCCAGAACAGGUUUUGGAGCAACAUUAAUUUAUCAUAAUAAAUAAGGUGAAUUCAGUGUUUUACAGUAGGAUUCUUUCCAUGUAUAUGCAUACCCAUCAGUUUGCUAGAAAAUGUUAACUUUUAAUUGUAAACCAAGAUAUGUGAUUACAUUUGAAUACUUUUUUAACAAAGUUAGAUGGUCAGUACCUCUGAUCGGAACAUCCAAAGCUCUGAAAAAAUGGAGAUGGGGGGAGAGACGAGGCACCAGUGGCGUGGCUACCAGCAACACACUGCCCUACAAACCUCUCACAACCUAAGGGCCACAAUGUUGGGGUUUUACAUGAUUAGGGGCAGUGUUUGCGUAUUUGUUUUGGGGUCUCAGUAAUAAUUGCCCUUCAAGGGGAGGAACACGGAAACAACCCCUUUGUUGAAUUUGAUCCGGGGUUCCAACCUGGAAUGUUUAGGGUUCAGGGUUACCUGGGUUCAAUGGAAUCAUGCUAACCCCAACCCCUCCACCUCCUUAAAGUUGGGUAUUUAAGCUUUCAGAUUAGUUAUAAAGGAUGUCCUUGAUUGUUAUUUGCUCCAUGUGGGAUAAGUUCAGAAGCCUAACCUUUUACACUAUUAGU